AUGGUUAAGUUUCCCAGCAAGCAGUACACGGGGAAGAAAGCAAACACAAGAAGUGUGCAAGUGAAGAACAUCCGUGAAAGCGGAAGUCAACGGCAGUGUUCCGUCGACGCCGAACUGGAUCGGCUUCAAAAGGUGAACAUUAUCACCACAGUAGACUUUUCGGAAUGGACAGAAUAUACAGAGUUCGUAUCUCUCGAGACUACUCCACGGGCUCUCCAGCCACAUCAGUAUCCGCUUCCGCUGCCAGAGGACAUCUUUGCCAAGUUAGCGAACUGCAAGGUGUUCAGCCAAAUCGACCUGCCGGAUGCGUUCUUGCAGGAGUGUGAAGGCAGCACCCGGAGCAUUCCAGCAACUCGUGGACACAAUGCUCGCUGGGCUAGUUUGUCGGGUUACCUCGAUGACGUUCUGGUCAGCUUCGUAGACGAAGCGACGCGUAACCUUGCAGCAGUUCUACGUCGUAUCCGAGAAUUCGGAUUCACCAUCAAGGCCGAAAAGUGCUCAUUAGUUCAAAUGCAGAUCAAGUACUUCGGGCAUCUCAUCGACGAGCAAGGUCUGCGUCCGGAUACAGCGAAAAUCGAAAGCAAUAUGCAACAUACCAACACCCACCAACAUCACCGAAGUUCGCUCGUACCCGGGAGCGAUCAACUACUACGGGAAAUUCGUCCCGAGUAUGCGCAAGCUUCGCUAUCCGCUUGA